AUGGCGCCCUUUCCGCGCAUGGCCGGCCUGCUUUGGCUGCUGUGCCUCCUUUCGCUCGGCAUCGGCAACGGCCUGGGGACCGAAAGCAUCAACCCCGACGACCCGGAGAUCACCAUGUUGACGGGCACGAGGAGCGAUGUCACCAUUUCGACCGGCCCGCCCACAGGGGCUUACCAGACACCUUCCUCACGCAUCACUAUCGCAACCACCAGCUUGCCCACCGACCUCGGCAUGCUCACCGAGAGCUACACUGAGGCCACCACCAACACCGUCACCUACCUGACGGGCACGACCACGACUUCGCACACUGGCACGGGCUCGACGACCUCAACCUCCACGUCCAACGCCCCACCACGGCCGACCAACACCCGCCCGUGCAACAACUACCCCGAAUUCUGCGCCCGCAAGUACAGCAAUAUCACCCACGUCGGCUGCCACAACAGCCCCUUCGUGCGGGCCGGCAGCGCCGCCGCAAACCAGCAGUUCCCCGUGGUCGACCAGCUCAACGACGGCGUGCGCUUCCUGCAGGCCCAGAUGCAAUGGCCCGUCAACGGCACCGCGCCGCACUUCUGCCACACCUCAUGCGACCUCUUCGACGCCGGGCCCAUCACAGACUGGCUAAGCCAAGUGCGCGACUGGGUCGCCGGACACCCCUACGAUGUUGUGACCAUCCUCCUCGGGAACGGCAACUACUCCAAGCCGGAGCUCUACGUGCCCUUCAUCGAAGCCUCUGGUAUCAAAAAGUUCAUUUACACUCCCGCCGUCAUCCCCCUACGCGCCAACGACUGGCCCACCCUCGGCCAACUCAUCCUCUCCGGUCAACGCGUCGUCCUCUUCAUGGACUACAUGGCCAACCAAACCGCCUACCCCUGGAUCCUCGACGAGUUCACCCACGCCUGGGAAACCCCCUUCGACCCCGUCGACACCACCUUCCCUUGCACCGUCCAGCGUCCGCCGGACCUGUCCCCGCGCGACGCCCGCGACCGCCUGUACAUCAUGAAUCACAACCUCAACGUCGAGGUCUCCCUGCUGGGGCAGUCUAUCCUCGUCCCCGCUGUCAGCCAGCUCAACCAGACGAACUCGGCGGCUGGGAACGGGAGCGUGGGUGCCGCGGGCGCGAAUUGUACCGCUGAUUGGGGCCGGCCGCCGAAUGUGCUUAACGUUGAUUAUUACAACUAUGGUAGCUACCCUGGGAGUGUGUUUGAGGCGGCGGCUGCGUUGAAUAAUGUCACGUUUGCUAAGCGGCCGUGUUGUGGGCCGCUGUCAAAUGCGGCGGUGGGGAACGUGGUGGUUAAUGGGAUGAUGGUGGUGUGGAUUGGAUUGGGAUGGAUGGGGUGGAUGGUUCUGGAGGGGGUGUUGUUGUGA